AGCCAACCACAGGGCUCGGCCAUGACUGAUUUCACCUUUUCUUUGCGUGAUGUCAAUUUUGACAUAAUACUGACAUCAUUAACUUGCACUAAUGAACAUGAAGAUUUUUAUUAACACAUUUUAAAUUCAAUGUUAUUUCUUAUGGUUGUUAUAUUUUGUAACAUAGCUUACGUUAGCAAUAAAAAUGCGGGGACUGCAUUGUUUAGUACUGGAAGAACUCGAUCAAACUGUUGGACCCAAGAUGAUAUAGCCAAGCUGAAGGCACGGCAACAUUUCGAAGAGCUGAUCCCACCACAGCUGAGCCCGGACAGGGUCGACAGUCAAUACAUCAAACGUCUUCUGAAGUACUUCAGAACUGCACUGCACACGGUGCAAAAUGAAGGGGAUUAUAAAACUGCCUCAAUACUGAAAGAAGCUUUAUCUGACACUAUCGGUGCACAUCUCAAGAGUGAAAUCCUACCCACUGUCAGAUUCAGUUACUACGCCGGCUACAUCCCUUACAAAAAUGCUCGGGAAAUUCACGAUUUUUAUGAUAACAUCAAAGUUAAGAUGAAUACCCAGGGCUUGGGCUGGCGACGGCCCGAACGAGUACCCCAGUGGUCGAAUCUGACCGUGGCUAAAAUUCUUAUCGGAUCUGGGAAACUCUUAGACCCUUGUUCCUGUUUGGUAACGAGAAGAGACUCAAAUAAUUGUAUUCAUUUACCAGCUCCCAAGUUGGAUGACGAUAAUCAACCAUCAGCUAUCGCCCUACCUUUCAGAUCCGAUGGACUGGUCAGCUUGACGUCUCCCACUUCGGAGAAUAUUCUUUUGAAAUACUAUACGACUGCGUCGAGGUGUAUACUACACAGCUCACCAGCAAACUGUCGGCACUCUGACUUUGUUAAUUUGAAUAGUGAGCUCUGGCACUGGAUGAAGCGGGACGUGGCACCACAUCUAGUGGACGAGAAGUUGUACGCGGCAUACGGCGGGGUUCUUAGAAUAGCAGCCGCUGUACAAAACUACGGAAAAGGUUUGUCAAGACGUAAUCUUUUUGAAUACCAAGAUGCAGGUGUAACUCACUGGAACCCAUGGAAAACACUCACACAGUCAUACAUCUAUGUAAACGCAGACUGGACCCCUAAACUAUAUAUUUUAUUGGUAUUUUUGACUGCAUUGACAAUAUGCCUUUUACAAAUUUUGUAUAAUUACUUGUUUGGAGAGCCGAACGCGUGUGGCUGCAAAUCAAAAUCUAAAAAAUGGGUUCCAAAAGAUAUUGCGUAUACAAAUGUAGAGAGUAACUUCCCAUCCGUGCUACCACGUCAAAGCGCUAUCUAUUUUAGUGAGAAAAAACGCACGAAACGUUUGACUGCCAGGAGCAAAUCGUCUUCUGUAGGAUCUUUGCGUACACAGAAAGUGUACGAUUUAAAUGAGAAUACAGAGAAACUCAUGGCCGUAAUAAUGAGUGACAAUGAAGAAACUGAAGAGCCACGGUCAUCGCCAUCCAAAAUGGGAAGUGAGGAAGAACAUCUUGAAGACAAACGUUUGGCAAUCGCUGAUGUGACCAAGAAUACAGAUGAUAGACCAAAAAGUCCACCUAAACUAGAAACGUCUGUUGCACAGUUGACGAUUGAAAAAUCAAACGCAACGGAUAAAAAGUCUGCAGCACCGAUGUAUUCCACUAGUACGUUAACACGUUCGGAUGUUACCUACUGUCCAGAGAAACUGCUAAGUGACACUGGCUGGUCUGCAACCAGCAGUAGCACCUCUGGGAAAACUGUUAGUUCAACUAGUUCUAAGUCUCGAAGUGCAAGAUCGAGAAGUUCCCGAGAUUUAGCGUGGGCCCGGCACGUUAUAUCUAGGCACUCUCGCAGAGAUAUGAUGCAGUCCACCACUGGAACAGAGUUGGAUGGAAACUCUUUCACAGCACCUCCGCCCCGGCGGUAGCAAUUCCUUGUGACAUAAUUUACGUUGAUAGGUAUUUAUUUAAUAGGAUGUUUAGUUAGUAUUAUUAUAUAAGACUGUUGGAUAUUUAAGAUGUAUAUGAGGUUUUAAUAAGAUUAUAUUGUAACAGGUC